UCUUCUUCUUCUUCUUCUUCUUCAUUUCUUUCUCCCUUUCUUCCUUUCUCCCUUUCUCCUUCUUCCUUCUCGCUUCAAUCAUCAUCCAUCCCCCCUUUGUUAUAUAUCUUUAAUAUCUCCCGCCUCCCUCUUCCACCUCGUUCUUGUAUAGCUGCUCUUGUACGUAGUAGCACAUGGAACUGUCCUGAUUGGCCGUCUCAUCGAUACCUGCCACUCAGAGACACACACAGACAGACAGACAGACAGACAGACAGACAGACAGACAGAGAGAGAGAGAGAGAGAGAGAAAUAGAUAGACAGAGGAGAAUCGAGGAAAUAUCCACCUCCUGCAUUCGCCCCUUUUUUCUCCUCGCGUCCUCCCUCCCCUUCCGUUAACGCUCGACUCCUCCCAACAUCUGUAUCCCUUUUGAUCAGAGCUGCUCAAACCAAGCCCUCUCUCUUCAAUUGGCCAUGGCGACCGUCAAUGAGACGUUUGCCUCGCCCGUGGCUGAUGCCGGCCUGGCUUCCUCAAUCACCCAGGAUCCCGCUGGCUUGUUGAUGUCCAUCUACAAUGGCAUGACCAUCUGGUCCGCCCUCUUCACCAUCUUCCUCCUCCUCGUCACCUACGAUCAAGUGAAAUACAUCUGGCUCAAGGGAUCCAUUGAAGGCCCCAGGUUCAAAAUCCCCUUCAUGGGCCCCUUCCUCCAGUCCGUCAAUCCAAAGUUCCUCGAGUACCAGGCGAAAUGGGCUAGCGGUGAAUUGAGCUGUGUCUCCGUUUUCCACAAGUUCGUCGUCAUUGCUUCGACCCGUGAUAUGUCCCGUAAGGUUUUCAAUUCGCCAGCAUAUGUGAAACCAUGCGUUGUCGAUGUUGCGCACAAACUUCUUGGCAAGGAUAACUGGGUGUUUUUGGAUGGCAAAGAGCACGUAGAAUAUCGCAAGGGCUUGAACGGCCUUUUCACCAGAGCGGCCCUGACCAACUACAUGCCCCAGCUGGAAGAUGUCUAUGAUAGAUUCUACAACAUGUUCGUCCAAAAAUCCGAGGAGCUCGAGAUGAAGCCGGAGCCGUGGAUGCCGCAUUUCCGUGAAUUGAUGACCGCAUUGUCCUGCCGCACGUUCGUGGGCCAUUACAUGUCUGAUGAGGCCGUCAAGAACAUCGCAGACGACUACUACCUAAUCACCGCUGCCCUCGAGUUGGUCAACUUCCCCAUCAUCAUCCCCUUCACCAAGACAUGGUACGGAAAGAAAUCGUCAGACAUGGUCCUGCGCGAAUUCUCAAAAUGCGCUGCCAAGAGUAAAAUUCGCAUGGCCAAGGGCGAGAAAGUAACCUGCAUCAUGGACGCCUGGGUCAAGAAUAUGCUGGACUCCGCCGCCUACCGCGAGAAGAUCGCCAAGGGCGUGCCCGUGAACGAUUCAGAUAAACCAGCCCAUCUCCUCCGUGACUUCACCGAUUAUGAAAUCGCCCAGACCAUCUUCACCUUCCUGUUCGCUUCACAGGAUGCCACCAGUAGCGCGUCCACCUGGCUCUUCCAACUCAUGGCUGACCGGCCCGAAAUCCUCGACAAAGUCCGCGAAGAGAACCUGAGACUCAGAGGCGGCGACCGUAAUGUCCCCAUCAGCAUGGAGCUGCUGGAUCAGAUGACCUACACUCGCGCAGUUGUCAGAGAAACCCUCCGCUACCGCCCACCAGUAAUCAUGGUUCCCUACAUGGUCAAGAAGGACUUCCCCGUCACCCCCACCUACACUCUACCCAAGGGCUCCAUGAUCAUCCCCUCCGUGUGGCCCGCCACUCAUGACCCAGAGGCCUACCCGGACCCGGACUCAUUCAAACCAGAGCGAUGGCUGAACGGUGAAGCGGAUAAGGCCGCAAAGAACUUCCUCGUCUUCGGCACAGGCCCGCAUUAUUGUCUGGGUCAAACAUAUGCCCAACUUAAUCUGAUGGCUAUGAUUGGUAAGGCUAGUAUGUUUCUCGAUUGGGACCAUCAUAUCACCCCUGUAUCGGAGGAUAUUCGGGUGUUUGCUACGAUUUUCCCGCAGGAUGACUGCCCCCUCGUUUUCCGCCGCAGACCGGAAUAGAUGAGCUUCUUUUUCUCUCUUUUCUGUCUUUUUUCAUUACUUGAAUUCGGAAGUUUCUCUCCCUCUCAAUACCUUUUUAACGCAUCCGUCCAUCUCUCUCCGCUUUUCCCCGUCCAAAGAUGGGCAAACUUUAUACCCAUGAAAGUUCCCAAUAUGUCGACUAAAAAAGAAAAUCAAAUACGAAAAUACAAGGACCAGGCCCCGGUUUUUGAAAAUUCGAUGAGUGGGAUGAAAAUCAAAUCAAAUCAGAUAAACAACAUUGACGAAUGAAAACAAACACAAACAAUAAAUAUUGACAGGUCAUGAAACAAACGGAAACCUACCCAGGUAGGUAGGUAGCGUUGGAUAUGAGGGGGAAAACAAAGGAGUUGGAGUGGAGUGGAGAGGAGAAGAGGAUCUGAUUUGGGGCGAAGAGCAAGGUGGGGGGACUUGAGAAUGAACACAAAUGGAAUUACCAAUGCUUCUUUUAUACUAAUUUUUAAUCACUAAAUUCAACUCUUUUUUUUUUUUUUUUUUUUUUUUCCUUCUUUCUGUGAUGCAGAGCAAGCAAGACUGAGCAAGAUGAGAGAACAGAGUGAUUUGUCUCGUCUCUAUAAAGUAUAUGUACUCUUGAUUGUUUUUAUGUUUUAUGUUUCUGUUUCUUAUUACUGCAUCUGCAUUCAAUCUAUUAUAAAUGCAUAUAUUAAUAUAAUAUUUCAUUAACUUAUAUUAUACUGUGUAUGUUUGUCAUUCUC